UGCUGAUGCUGCUGCCAUUUCAUCACCUUUGCGAGCGCAGCAUCCAUCCCUCCGCUCUCCCCGAGCCUGGGCCUACCUCGCUUUGGGCUGCCGGGCCAGCGAUGCGCUCCCGGCUGAGCUAAAUCGGAACCAAACCGCGCUGUCCGAGGCCUUGGCGGGGCGCCCGCUCCCGCCGCCCCCGUCCCGGGCCUAGGAGACCUGCCAAGCCGCGGCCAUGGAGGCCAUCUGGCUCUACCAGUUCCGGCUCAUUGUCAUCGGGGAUUCCACAGUGGGCAAGUCCUGCCUCAUCCGCCGCUUCACUGAAGGCCGCUUUGCCCAGGUUUCGGACCCCACCGUGGGGGUGGAUUUUUUCUCCCGCUUGGUGGAGAUCGAGCCAGGAAAACGCAUCAAGCUUCAGAUCUGGGAUACUGCAGGCCAAGAGAGGUUCAGAUCCAUCACUCGAGCCUACUACAGGAACUCAGUAGGUGGUCUUCUCUUAUUUGACAUUACCAACCGCAGGUCCUUCCAGAAUGUCCAUGAGUGGUUAGAAGAGACCAAAGUACACGUUCAGCCCUACCAAAUUGUAUUUGUUCUGGUGGGUCACAAGUGUGACCUGGAUACACAGAGGCAAGUGACUCGCCACGAGGCCGAGAAACUGGCUGCUGCGUACGGCAUGAAGUACAUUGAGACGUCAGCCCGAGAUGCCAUUAAUGUGGAGAAAGCCUUCACAGACCUGACCAGAGACAUAUAUGAGCUGGUUAAAAGGGGGGAGAUUACAAUCCAGGAGGGUUGGGAAGGGGUGAAGAGUGGAUUUGUACCAAAUGUGGUUCACUCUUCAGAAGAGGUUGUCAAAUCAGAGAGGAGAUGUUUGUGCUAGUCGGCCCUUUUAUUUCCAAAACAUGCUCUCUCACAUGAACUUAAAAGUGAUCAAAAACAAGUAGAAUCCUUAUGUGACUGAAGAGAACUCAACCUUUGGAUACCAAGUGAGCCUCCUUUGGGGCUGGGGGGCUUUUACAGGCUUAUGUGUGGGUGGGUGGGGAAGCCUGGGUGCUUGGACCGAGGGACUGAGUUGCUGACGUGAGCUGGGCCAUACACUGUUUUGUGGCACACGUUUGGCAGUGGCUGUUCCAUGUGCCCUUUGUGGACAUAUUAAGGGCCUGGGGUUUGAGAAACUAGGUCCCAGGAAAACAUACCUACGGAGAGGACGAUUGUUCCUUGGUAUUUCAGCUUAUUCAUGAGUCAUGACCAUAAAUAUGUAAAGAGAAAUAGCAUAUUGGGAACAAUUAACAUAACUAACAAAGUAGGAGAUCUACUUAUUCAAUGAGAGUAUCUUAUGCCAAAUGUGUGUGUUAGGUUUGAUUUAAAAAUACCAAUUUGCUUCUAACAGCUCACCUGUAAAAUAAGGGGCAUGGACCAGCAAUUUGGUAAGGCCCUUUCAAGGCUUGGUGUUCUAGUACAAAGAUAUGAAUAGGAAAAGGGAGGUAACUUAUGCACUAUUAUUAUGACAUUUUAGAAAAUGCAUACCCUUGUGGUAGAGUGACCAUCUGUGUCAAACCAAUUAUCCCAUGCAAAUUACCACAUAAAUAGCCCAGAGAAACAUUAAAACCCAAACACCUGACCAUACCUAGGAUUUCACUGUUUUAGCAGUUGCAGACUCAAAGUUAGCAACCUGCCUGCUUCUUCAGGCACCUGAAUCAAGCAACAUAGGAACUCCCUCUGAAAGGAGCCCUGAGGCAAACGCUUUCAUCGAACCUGUACGGAGCACUUGCUCAGCAGGAGGCACUGUUAACGUCCACAAACAUGUUACAGUCACUCUGCUUAUCUGAUCACUGCAGGAGGCCUGUGAGGUUUUUUCCCCCACAUUUUACAGAAUAGUAAACUUAGGAACUCUUGAUUCUUAGUUUCUUUUACGGGAUCAUUAUUCUAUCAGAGAAAUAAAUAAUUAUUAAUUUGUUUGCUUUGGAAGACGUAUGACUAUAAAUAAAUGUUCUAGGUUAGGAUAUGUUUUCCCUAUUGAUUACAACUCAGCUAUAAUCAUGAGGUACCCUGGGAAUGAAUCAAAGGAAAAGCCCAUUCAAGUAUUUCUGGCAAGAGGGCUUUAAACAAAUGAAUAAUUGCACAUCUGAAAACACAUUAGAAUUAUGUAAACUAUAAGUGUUCUUACCACUGGAAUACAAUGGACAUUUUAUUGAAAGGAACCAAAUACAACAGUGGGGCCUGGGAUGGGUAUAAAAUACUCGUCCCUCAAUGAUCUUGGUCACCUGUCUGCUAUAUACCUACACUGGGCUCCUAUACCAUAGAGAGUCAGCUCUUAAUUCUCAGGAGAACAGACAGCUAACUGCAUCAGCAAACUGGAAUGGCUUGAAGGUUCCAUUAUCUUCUUGAAGAGAGGCGAUGCUUUAAAUUACUUUGGGGAUUGUAGCCAGUUCAGCUAGGCAAAAGCCAUACUUUUCACAGUGAGAAAACUAUUCUGAUUAGGGUCAGAUUUCUCAUAUCCAUUGUGGUAGGAAAGCUUAAGAAUGGCAAAUUGCUUUUUGAGAUACCAUGUUGAACUUCAGUAUGAAUGUGACUGAAUCUGAAAGUUUGGGAAUUUGCUUCAGCCAGAAUAAUGAAGCCAAACAAUGACAUUUCUGAAAGACCAUUCUGCCAUCUGUGCCCCAACUUGGAUGAGCACCAUGGACCAAUUCACAGCAUCAACUACAAGUGAACUGAUCAUUUUCUCUAUAUUCAUUUCACAUGACCUGGCUUGGGUGGAGUCCUUAAAUUGUUAGCUUCCUGAUGGUAGAGGCAAAUAAAAGUUGGUUAAUUGGAUCAACACAAAAUGUCAACUACUAUAAUUAAUUAUAUUUAGAAGAUUCUGAAAGCAAGAUUAUCCAUUGGAUAAAUGAGAGUUGACUGGAUACUUGUUAGUUCAAAAAAAAAGGAUAGAAACAAAACUCCUCAGUUUUCUUGACUGAAAUACAUUAAAUGUAUACUUGCCCAUUUCUGACAUUUAAAAAGUAAGUUUUCAAUACUCAGCGUAGAUCCCCGCAGAGGUGGCUGAAACUGCUUAAGUAAGUUCUAGAAACUUUUAAAGAAUUUAGUAGAAUUCAGUGCUGUUGUCACUGCAGCAAGUGGGUUUUAGAAAAUAAGUGUGAAAAAAUCAGGUGUUAUUAUAAUACUAAGGGUAAAGCUUUAGGAGCUAUUUUACUACAUAGGUAAAGAAAAGAUUAACUUGUAACAAAGAACACAACUGCAUGUUGGAUUAGAUUGUCUUAUAUUCCAGAAUAAAAUGUAUUGUAUACUUUUCCUCACUUUGUUCUGCACUGUAAUGAAAUGUGAAAAAAAUCUUUACUUAGCUGUAUGUGAAUGAAAAUAUGCCUGUAUUUAGUAAAAUGGUUGAUUAUGUGAUUGUGA